UCCAGCUUAAGAGUGCACAGCAGGCCCUCCAGUUCCUCAGUCCCGCUGGUUUGCAUUUCUCCCUGGAACCAGGACCGGCUGCAGGAGAGCCCUAACAUAGAAUGAGUAUAAAAAUACAAUUAUUCUUAGUGCUAAAAGCAGCGCUAAUGUAAAGACUGUAUGUUACCUGUAUUCUCACUCUCUUUGACUCUUUCUGUCUCUCUCUCUGUUUCUCUAGGUGAAGUCGACCCCACACCUCCACCCUCCUCCCCCUCCCUCUCUCAAGCCGUAGGGGACACAGACAUAGUCUCAUCCCGGGGGAGAAGUUCCGUGGUUGGGUUAGUGCCUGGUGCGGGGAUGGGUGCCACUGGUGAUCUGCUCGAGUCAUUCCUGGCCCAGAAGGAUCGUCUCCUCAACCAUACAGGGGGGGUGGUCCUGCCAUCUGCUCUGCCCCAGGACCUGCUGCCUCUCCUGGGGAGAGGACUGAGCGUGAGGGGCCUGUCUGGAGGUCUCUCUCUGGAUCAGCCCCACGACAGCGGACCCCUCCUCCCGUCACAGCAAUCCCAACCCGACAGCAACCCCAUCCCCUCCUCCUCGCAGCCCGGGACACACACAUCCACACACACACCGCCAGGACAGCAAGAUGAGGUCACCGCUAUCGUCACCGCGACCAUAGACGCAGACACAGACAUGGAGACCGACAUGGAUGCAGACACACCUUCACCAGGUAUAUGUUAGAGAAUGUUCUCAAUGUUAGAGAACGCCUCGUCCUUUUUACAGAAAGCAGUUGUUUACCUUUCUCUCUCUGAAGACAGAGAUGUGCUUAUCUCACCAGAAUCCUGGAUUACACUGUGAAAAUAAAUUGCUUUUCCAAUAUUUUUACAGUAUUGUUAAAUUGAUGUUUGUCUUCUCCGCUCCUCUCCUCUCUCCCCCUCUUCUCCUCCCCUCUCCUCUCAUCUCCUCCUCUCUCCCCGUUCUCCUCUCCUCUCCUCUCCAGCUGUGUCUGGCUGUAUGGUGAAUUUCUCCGACCCAGAGGGAUACAUAGACUCUUCUGAUGACCCCCCUCUACCAGAUGGAACAUUCAUACACUGUACAUACACCAUCACUGUGUACACAGGCUAUGGAGUCGAGCUACAGGUAAACAAACAUACACAUUUACACACACAUACGCUUUCACUGACAUACACACACAUAUACACAGGGUUCAUAUAGUCAUGGAAAUCCUGGAAAAGUCAUGGAAUUCUUAAAUGGUUUUUUCCAGGCCUGGAAAUGUUUAGGAAAAUUAUCAAAUCCGAAAGGCUUUGAAAAAGUCAGGGAAAUUAAUUAUGUCUGUUAAUGUAAUGUAUUUAGGCACAGUUUUAAAAUAUUUAAUCCAGGAUCGUAAUGAGACUAGCUCACCUGUGUUUGCGCGCAUCACCAGCACGUGUGCAAGACGAGUGGGCGGUUGCUCAAGGAGAGAUGAGACAGUCGGACAUUGCAGCAGCAGGUCAGCCUAUAAAAUAUGAUAGAGAACAGACUAAUAACUAAGUAGCCAAUUCAAAACAUACACUGUAUCUUGAAUCCUCUAAUUAACUGUUCAGCUAUUAUUAGCAUGUAUAAAAAAUAAAAAACGUUAUACCGACACUCGGGAAUAAGGUCAUUCAAAGUUGAUUUACUUUUUUGAAUGAUUCAUAUGAUUCAUCUAAAAUAUUUUUUUUGAAGAAAUGAACGAUUCACUUUGCCAUUGUAUUAGUUGGGAUUCGGUUCAAUCGUGUUGAAUCAUAUGAAUCAAAAUAAUAAUUUUGUGAAUCGCGAACAGUAAUUUUAGGAACAAAUAUUAGAUAUAUUUCCUGAAGAACAUUUGUGGGCUUGCUUCAGCUGAAUAAAAAUAUUUGUAACCCACCAUAGCCACUUGCUCUUUGAUAUAUUGAAUGAGCAAAUUAUUCAAAAGGCAUACAAAUUACUUGGUUGUAAUGUUGCAAUGUUAUACAUCAAAGGUGGUCAACCAUCCUCCAGGAGAGCUAAUGGGUGUGUAGGCUUUUAUUCCAGUCCCCCUCUAACAAUCCACAUUUUAGAAAUUAGCUGCUCAACCAGACCUUUGAUAAACUGGCUCUGAUGUGUUUUAGCAGGGCUUGAUCAAAAGCCUGCACACACUCUCCCGACUGAACGUUGACCACAUGUGUUUUAUACUGUUGCCUAACAGGUAUUCUACUUUGUGGGGGGUGCUUUACACAACGACAGAAGAUGGUACAUGGGAUCAGAGAGCAGUCUCCCAGUGUCGAUACCACAUUACGUGUACUUUUUUUUAUACAUACAUAGAGACACCGCCAAUUGUUGAUCGUGGAAAUGUGGUUAAAAGUAUUGGAGAAGUCAUGAAAUUCCAUCUGUCACAAUGUGUAUGAACCCUGUAUACAUACACACUCACAAACACGCGCACCCAAUUAUAUGUGCCUCUGUAGCUCAACUGGUAGAGCACGGCGCUUGUAACGCCAGGGUAGUGGGUUCGAUCCCCGGGACUACCCAUACACAAAAAUGUAUGCACGCAUGACUGUAAGUCGCUUUGGAUAAAAGCGUCUGCUAAAUGGCAUAUUUAUUUAUUAUUUUAUUUAUAUGUGAUAAAGUGAAAAUCUGAGGCUGUAGGCUACAGUCCCAGACAGCAGGAUACUUUUUUGACAGGGGGUGCAGGAUAAUUUUUUGCCUGAUUUAGAUAGACUAUUUUUCUGCUUAUAAUUUACGAGAUUUUGGGAGGCUAUUUGUUAGUCAACUUGUCUAGAAUUAGAUACAUGCAGCUUCUCUUCUGUCAUUGUAUGUUGCCCUAGAAGACUAAAUAAAGGCUUGCUCACCAGAAUAAUGUCAUCAAUCAAUAGAAUGAAUGCUUCAAUACAGUUGACAUGGGAAAGUUGUCUCUGUCAUCUCUGCUUUUUAGAGGAGCAAAUACGUUCAGGGACCGGGGAUAAAAUACAAUAACAAAAAAGACGGAAAAGAUUUUCUGUGCAAAAUGUUUAAAUGACAUCAGUUUGACCGGUUGUAAGGAAAUAGAAAGUUUUAAACGACCCAACAGGUUUCUGAUAAGAUUUCAGUUCGACUUGGAUGCAUAUUUUAUGUGGUUGAAAUACUAUAAGCUUUUAUGAUGCUGAUAAAGAUAGCACCUCUACAGACAGUAUCUAACUGCGCAUUCGCAUUCUUUCAAGAUGAUGAAAGAAAUCCUAUUUCUCCACUCUUGUUCCUGAGUAAAAAUGUUGCCUACAUUUGGUGUAUAAUUUCACUGCAAGAAAUGCUUAAUUCUGCAGGAAUUAAUAUUAAUGCCUCAAUCAGACCGACAGUGUUAUUGCAUCAAUACUGUACAAUAAAUUCUGCAGUCAAACUUUUUUCAUUAUGUAAUCCAACAUAAUGGUUGGAUAAAUCCAACGUAUGCACCACACAGAACACAGAAUGCACUGCAACUGCCUCUGCAAUGCAAUGCUGCAAUGCAAUGCUGCAAGGCAAACGCAGCGUUCCAUUGGAAAUGAAUGUACUUCUGGUGUACCAAAAUGCGGACACUGUCGGUCUGAUCGAGGCAUGAGAGGUUACAGACCUACUGUCAGUGUUCCGAUUUCAGUUUCCAUUUAACCAAUCCGAACAGUAGGCUACAGUUCCCUUAACGUGCCAUAGGCCUAUUUGAAGUCCCUGUUUUGUGACUAUCAAAUUUGUUUGGCGCCUCACAAUCAUCACAUAAUCAUCCUCUUUUACCACUUCACCAAAUCUUUCCCAAACAUUACUUUUCUGGCCAUGCCUUCUCAUUAUUUUCAACUCUCCAUUUCGCAGCUUUUCUCUUAUUUAAUUAAACUCCGACAUUGUCCUUUUUGCUUCCUUCAAUCAACGUUAACUUUUUCUGCCGUUCCCAAAAGCAUUUGGCGUGUAUGGGCUAUUUGACGCUCGUAGAGUUAGGCCCUAAAGCUUAGGCUUAUAGCCUAAAAUAAUGAAAGAAAAACCUCAAUGUAGCCUAUAUAUAUAUAUAUAUAUAUAUAUAUAUAUAUAUAUAUAUAUAUAAAUUGCACAAGAAUUAUACAUUAAUGGAUUUUUUAAGGCAUUGUUUUCUCUUUAUUUAACCCUCCCGCCCCCCACCCUCUCACCCACCCUUCAUCUACACAAUAUUUCAUGACCCUAAACCCACCCGCCCCCCGGAUAUAACCAUGGGGACUACGGGUUAGGAGUCAACCCACGCAUCACUAAUUCACACACAUACACACACAUGCACACAAACACAUCAGUGGAGGCUGCUGAGGGGAGGACGGCUCAUAAUAAUGGCUGGAACAGAGUCAAUGGAGUGGUAUCAAACACAUAGAAACCAUGUGUUUGAUGUAUUUGAUACCAUUCCACCAAUUCCGCUCCAGCCAUUACCACGAGCCCGUCCUCCCCAAUUAAGAUGCCACCAACCUCCUGUGGCACACACACUGAUCUGUGUUGCAAUAGUUGACUCUGUGGUGAUCUUGCGACUCACUCUGACCCCUAGUGUUGUCUGCUGGAACAGCACCCUGCCUUCCACACAACACUGGGGCACUGGGGCUGUUCCUGUUUUUUGCACAUCUUAGAAUAUUUCUGUAUCGUAUUAACGUGGUUCAUGAGAUGUUAAACUCUCUCACACUGUCUUUCUCUACCCUCCCCCCUCUCUCUCUCUUUCUCUCUCUCUCUCUCUCUCUCUCUCUCUCUCUCUCUCUCUCUCUCUCUCUCUCGCGCUCUCUCUCUCUCUUUCGCUCUCUGCCUCUCUUUCUGCCUCUCUCCCUCUCUCUUUCUCUCCCUGCCUCUCUCCCUCUGUCUCUCUCUCUCAGGUGAAGAGUGUGAAUCUGUCAGAGGGAGAGCAGCUGUCAAUCAGAGGGGUGGAUGAGGGCGGGGCCUUGCUGGUUCUGGCCAAUCACACGCUUCUGGUGGAGGGUCAGGUGAUCCGCAGUCCGACCAAUACCAUCUCAGUAUACUACCGCUCCUUGCCUGAGGGGGGCAUGGGCAUGUUCCAGCUGCACUACCAGAGUGAGUACACACACACACACACACACGCACGCACGCACGCACACACACACACACACACACACACGCACACACACACACUUUCAUGUUUUGAAAUCAAAGCUUUCAUUAAGUCCUCAGGCGCUGUUGAUUCUCUGUCUACCUGAUCUGUUAAUUGCCUACCCACUUAAUCUUGUUUUGUAAUCAAUUAGCGCUGUGAUUGGAUGUGUCAUAUCAAUUAGCUGAUUAGAACUCUGAUUAUUUGGUUUUCAUCUCAUCUCAGUCGUUUAAUAGUGUGUGGUUGUUUGUGUUUGUAGGUAUUAUGUGUCAUCUGUAAUGUCUCCCUUUCUCAUCUCACCCCUGUGCACUCUCUGUGUCAGUUCAGAUGUGACAGGGCAGGACAAAGAUGGUGGAUAAAUGAAGAUAGUUCACUCAGACCGUUUACCAUUGAAAAACAAUAGUCAGUUCCGGUCUGCUUAACGGGGUAGUUCUCCCAUAGAUGCCAAUGCAAUAGCUUAGUUCAUUGACUGUAAUGUAACCAGAAUAAUUAGGGAGAGGGGUGUCUCGCUUCCUCCUCCGUCUCUGAGCUGGAUAGAUUUCCUCUUCUCCUCUAUCUAUUAUUCUGGCCUGUCCUAUCCUCUAUCUAUUAUUCUGGCCUGUCCAGUCAUCUCAGAACAAAUUAGACCAGGAAGCCAACUGUGGAAUAGAAUAGCAUAAAAUAGACUGGAAAGAAUGGGAGAGAAUGACAGAAUGGAAAUCUCUGUCUCUCUGUCUCUCUCUCUCUCUCUCUCCUUAUCUCACGCUUUCUCUCUCCCUCUCUCAUUCUCCCAUCCUCCCUCUUCCCUCCCUGCCCCCUCUCCUUGAUAGUAUUCCGUCUGAGCUGUGCCCUGCCUAGGAGGCCUCACUUUGGGGAGGUGUCAGUGCUGGACCUGCUGCCAGGGGGCACUGCCCGCUUCCAUUGCCAUAUGGGCUACCACCUGCAGGGGGCAGCAGCGCUCACCUGCCUCAAUGCAUCUCUGCCUGUCUGGAGCAGCAAGGAGCCCAGCUGUAGAGGUAGGGAGGAGAGGGAGAGACACAUGCAGAUGCAGGGACACACACACAUACACAUUCACACGCACGCACACACACAGGGACACACACACACACGUCUCAAUGCCAUGCUGCAGUCUGGCGCAACAACAUGCCCAGCUGCAGAGCUGGGGAGACACACACACACACACACACACACACAUAUAAUCAUCACCUCUCUCCCUCCAUAGCACUGUGUGGGGGCUCAGUGAAGAAUGCUACAGUAGGGAGGAUCCUGUCUCCCUCUCCCCACCCGGGGCCCAACGCCACCCAGGACCGCUCCUGCUCCUGGUCCAUGGAGGCCCCCACAGCACAGAGACUACACCUGCACCUGGAGAGACUGGCCCUUGGACCCACCGACAGGUCAGAGAGAGAGAGAGUGUGUUUGAGCUUUGAAUAUGUAACCUAUAAUUGUGCUAUAAUCCACAUUUGAAAUGCAUAAAAUCUUCAAGUUGUUUAUAGUUUGCAUAUCACAAUCAUCUUGGACCCAUAAAGUGUUCCAAAGUAAUUUCUCCCCUCAGACUUGUGUUAUGGAGUGGUCUGGACGCUGGGUCUGUGGUGCUAUUUGAUUCGGGGCGGGGUGGUCCAAUACCGUUUGAAGGGGUGAUCAGUGAGGGUCCAGCGGUCAGGGUACAGUUCAUCACUGACCAACCUAACCACAAUACAGGCUUCAACAUCCGCUAUGAGGGUAAGAGCACACACACACAAACCAGAUGAAACAUGUAAUCAUAUUUUAUAACCUUUCUGUCUAACCUCUCUUUUCCCUCUCCUGUCUCUCUCUCUGCAGCGUUUGAGCGUGGUCAUUGUUAUGAGCCCUACCUGCAGAAUGGUAACUUCAGCACCACUGACCAGGCCUAUGGUGUUGGAGCUGUGGUGCAGUUCAGCUGUGAUACUGGUCACUCCCUGGAGCAGGGGCCGCCCGUCAUAGAGUGUAUCAACGCCAGAGACCCCUACUGGAACGACACGGAACCACUCUGCAAAGGUGUGUGUGUGAGGGAGUCAGGGUGUGUGUGUGUGUGUGUGUUGGGAGGGUUGUAUAUUUGUGUGUGUGUCUGUGUAGACUUCUGAAAAUCCUAUGGUGGCAUUUUCUUUCAUAUUGAGAGAGUUCUGAUAUCUGAUAUCAAGCUGUGAGGUUUUUAUCUUUAAUGAUACCAAUUUGACAACAGAGUUUCAAAUUAAAACAUACAGUUCCUUUGGGUUUUUUAAUUGGGAUAUCUCCCCCCCCCCCCCCCCCCCCAUCUGUCUCUCUCCCUCUCUCCCCCCUCUCACUCUCUCCUCUCUCUCCGUCUCCAGCCCUGUGUGGGGGGGACCUAGCGGGUCCUGGGGGUGUGAUCCUGUCUCCUAACUGGCCAGAGUGGUACGGAGAGGGAGAGGACUGCAGCUGGAGGAUACAUGUAGGAGAAGAAAAACGCGUGCUGCUCGACGUGCAGCUGUGAGAUAUAUACACACACACACACACACACACACAUAUUAAGAUUAGUUCCAACCUAAAUUUGACUUUGACUUUUAACCCAACCCCUCCAAAAGACAUACACACUAGAGGUCUUCACCGAUCCACUUGUACCCGAAUACCCGAGGAUCUGAUAUGAUUGCCACGGGUAUCGGGUAGGCCUAUGUGUAAUUUUAACUGAGUUGUCCGGAAGGAUCCAUACAGAUCCGAACGCGAAUGCUGCAGUAGAGAGAGAGAAAGUGUAUCAUUAAUGCUGCUGCUCUUGCUUUUCAUGAGAGUGGCGCGUAUAGCUUGUUGUUGUUGUUGUUGUUGUUGUUGUUGGCCAAUCAUAAGUCAUCAAAGCGGCAACAGGCUACAGUAAUAGAGCCUCCGAGUGGGGCAAAAGUUAGGAAAUAUCUAAUCAAUGGAAGAUGGAAUGAAAAGUCAAAGGAGAAGGAGAAGCUCCAACAACCAAGAGCCAACAGGUAUGCUGCUACUUCAUAUUCUGAAUGGAGUUGUUGUUGUUUGUAGGCUAACUGUGUAGGACGAGAAAGCGCACGCAGCCUCAAUUUAACCAGCUUCUCCCGGUUUGAUGCAGCUACUAUAGUUCAAGUCGGCUUGGUUGGUUGCUGUCUCUCGUCUCUUCCUCCCUCCUCCCUGUUCCCGUGUCACUCGCUCACACUCACAGUAGCCUACACACACAGCAUGGCCCCUGCUAGAGCCUCACCUCUCUCUACCUCCUCUCCCUCACGCUUUAUCUGCUCCGGUUAAUAAAGUCGCUUAAAGAUUGACUUUUUUGCUGCUUCCCUCACUCGGAUCGGACCGGGUCUGGAUCCGACCAGGUCUAUACGGAACGGAUCUAGUUGUCCUCGGGUCCGUUCGGAACAGGACUCUCUCUAUAUUUGAAAAAAUAUAUUUAUGCAUAUUGGGUCGAAUGGGAAGGCCUGUCCAUUUCGAAACGGGUCCAAAAAGUGAAGGCCUCUAAUGCCACACUGUGUGCCAUUGUUGUGGGGGGGUUAAGUGCCUUGUUUAAUGGCACAACGGCCGGCAAUGGCAUCUGGGAUUUGAUACUUCCCGCAAGUUUUUUCUGUCCGGACCCGGGAUUUGAACCUCCGGUCGCUGGUUAACCUGUUUUAACCGCUAGGCUACCUGCCUGCCACAUACAAACUGACACACACACAUGCAUACACACACACACCUGUCCGAUUUCUGAUGGGAAUAGGUUGUAAAAGUAGCCAGAUGUUACUCAUCACCCACCCUCUGAGGUCAUCAGCUCCCAGCAUUCCAUCUGACUCAUCCAGCCUUUAGUCUCUGACACCUUCACCCCAUUACCUCACACUGAUUCAGUGGCGAUUUUAGCAUGAACAUCUUGGUGGGGCAAACUCAACACAUUUUUUUUUAGAUGCAUGCCGGUGAAGCCACUACACAUCACUAAACAAUACAUUAAAUGCACUAUAACGGUGACAAACGAUGCCCACAAACGGUUAAGGCCUACAUAAAGCUGUCCCAACAGCGGAGCUUUCUUUUCAGCACCAUGGAGUGAAUCCUUACCACGGCUACACCUGGCUACCAGCGAAGCCUUGUCUGGCAGCGAAACAGUUAAUUCAUCCUCGUUUACUGCCUUUUAAAAAACCAUAGCUGAUAUAGCUGACUUUCUUAAAUAUAGUUUCUACUGACUCCUUGUGGAUUUGUGUAACUCGAUAAGAACCACAUUCUCCUUCAAUAAAAACGAAUGCCAACAUGACUUUUGACUUUCCAAACAUACACAAACAUUAUUACAUUUAUGUUCAGUAAAUUCAUAAUGUUGGUUCUCAUAUCAUUAACACUUAGCUCGAAGUAUAAGCAAGUGCAAGCAAACGAGCUGCGACGAGGUAGUCCUUCGUUCAGCACAUUCGAAAUGGACAGAUAGAUGUUAGUUCAGAUAAAUUCAGUAAUAUGUUGAGGCCUUAACUUUACUCUUCAUUAAGUCACCACAGAGAGAGCGGGAGAAUGACGCGGAUUCAGCGGUUAUGUGGUCUAAAAAGGAAGGACGAUACAAUCAGGAGUAUCCACUUAUGGACAUUAUACACACUCACAGACAGCGCGUUGCGCAAACAAAACAACCCUCGCAAUAUGAAAUAGAAUUACAUGGGUCUAUUACUUAACUUUUUGUUGAAUAAAAAUAUGUAAAUGGAAAGAGACUGUCACUGGCAAACAUGGUUACAGACCCAACAACAUUAUAUAGUAUCCCCUCCUCGUGGAGAAAAGCACAUGAGCUAUUUAUAAUACGCAAAGUAUGCAGAACAAUUAAAUACAUAAUUCUAACAUUACCUAAAAUUAUGAAUAAGAUACUAAUGAGAUAGGCCUAUAUAAGCAAUAUAACAGUUGAGAUGUAUAAACUAUGGCGUAAGGGAGAGAUGAGCUGAUAAGAGGCAAGCCGCAUUUUUGUCAUGAGUGAGCUGAGAUGGACGUAGCCUAUGCAUAUUCGUUCAGCCACCCAAUUUAAUGCGUGAUAUAAUUCGGGCAAGCACGUACCUAUUCUCUUCCGUUUGUUGGUUGUGAAAGGUCAUGGCUCUCCGAUAUACAUUGUCUAGCUGAGCCACAAUGUUUGAUUUCCCCAGUAAUCUAAGUUUAACAGCGUUGUCUACAUGUGAUGCACAAUUCUCAUGUUUUGAAACCCUUUGAUACAGAUGUUUUAAAUCCGUAGCCCUUUCCUGCAGUCAAAUGACCUAGUGGCCUCAUGGGUGGAAUGUUAUAAAUAUUUAUUUAUUUAUUUUUAACACAGAAAAUCCGGUGUUUCUAUGUCAAGCGGUUUUGUUAUAUUUCAGUCUUCUGUGAUGUAUUGUAUAUAAACUCAAAAUCUGACAUGUUACUGGUGUCUUCUUUUUUUGAAGCCCAUAACCAUGUGUGUGAGGUGUGUACUUUUGUUUCAAAGUAGAUUUGUUUAAGACUACCAAGGAACACUCUGUGUGACCCUGAUUUGGCCCACUGCAAUAAAAGGUUAUACCCAGACUUGGACCACACACCCUCUCCACCGAAUAGCAGGCAGGGAAGCAAAAUUGUGAUUGCUUUGCGACGCUCACAGUUAGCCACUGCUUCCUUCCAAACCACUCAUUGUUGAAUUAGCGAUAUCUGACUUGUUAUGUAUUAAAUGUUUAUGUCCAAUGGCCGAUGAGCACCGAGACAUUUUAUCUCUAAUUUCUCUUCAUAUGACAAGGAUUGAAAAGGAUUGCCAAUAGAUUGUCGUUGUGAUUCAUGAUGACUGCUUAUCUGGCUAGCUAGCUUGCUAGCUUAGAUUUGAAAGUAUUCAAAGCUACGAGAGAUAUAAUGUGAUUUGACGUCAUUUUGUCUGUGGCCAAUGACCUUGAGCCUUCUUGGAUGGGCACUUCUCCUGUAAAUCUAUGGUAGCACCCUAGGGGGGCUUGAACUUCCUAGCUCUCCCGCAGAUUCUGCGGUGACAUGGUGUCCUCAUGAGUGACAGAACCCUGAGCCAAUCACAGCGCAACCAGAGAAGAUUAACAAUGCCUGCGCUCUGUGCUUUCGCUGGCUGCCCCUCCACUGCAGAAAGCACUGAGCUAGGCUGAAACUGCUGCAUUUUGGAGCUGCCUUACUCAAAGUAAAAAACACAAAUUUUGUAUGCUGCUUUUAUUAACCCAAUGAUUUUUUUCACAUUGUUUGCUAAACUGAUAUGUGACACGAAUUAAUGCCAGAAUUACAUGCAAAACAGGAUAACCUUUUUGCUGUUGUUGUUGUUUAAACAGGUGGGGCUCACAACAUGAAUGACGGGUCGCCACUGCACUGAGUUAGCCAUAUGGUGCUGAUACCAUAUACACUCAUAUCAUGUGCUUUGGGACGUGUUGGAUGCGUUCAAUUUCAAUUCACAAUGCUUUAUGGGCAUGACAAAAGUAGGCUACUUAUUGCCAAAGCAACGAACAAUUACAUUUAGAAACAUUUGGUGAGUGAUUCAACAACUAGAAAUUGAAUCAACUAUGCCCUCUCUCCCUUUCUCUCUCUCACUCUCCUCCUUCAGUCUGAACCUGAGUGACAGUGACAUGUUGACCAUCCUGGACGGUGAUGAAGUCACCACCCAUAUCCUGGGCCAGUAUGUGGGCGGAACCGGGCCCUUCAAGAUACAGUCCACGACCCCUGACCUCACCGUGACCUUCCACUCCGACCCCGCCGGCCUCGUCUUCGGCAAGGGAGAGGGCUUCAUCAUCAACUACAUGGGUAAGAGAGCGGGAUAGAGAAGAGAAGCAGAGCGGGAGAGAGGGAGGGAAGGAGAGGUAACAAGAUUCAUUUAUGAGAGAUGGUAGCCAAUAUUGGAGGUAUAGCCGAAUUGGAUAUAGCCUAGUCGGCAGCCGAGUACAGAGAGUCGGCAGCCGAGUUGAAACAGAGAGUCAGUGAAAGAGGGACAGAGCUAGAGAGAUAAAGAGGAGGAUGAAGAAAUGAGAGAGACAGUGUAAUGUCCCAGACUCUCUAUUUCUGUCUCAUCUCCCUUCUCUCUUCCUCCACUUUACCCUCUUCUCUCUCUCUCUCCUCUCUCUCUCUCUCUCUCUCUCCUCUCUCUCUCUCUCUCUCUCUCUCUCUCUCUCUCUCUCUCUCUUUGCCCUUAUUCAAUCACAUCCUAUUUGUCUCACCAUCCCACAUGGCCUUUGCGGAUACACACGCACAUACAUACACACACACAUAAUUAUUUAGAACGCUUUCCACGUUCACACAUGGAAACACAAACAUGCAAUCACAUAAAAAAAUGCACACUCGAUCAUUCUAUAUGUACACUGUACACACCCGCACACUUCUUUCACCAGAAAAUUAGAAAGGCAUGCAUAAAUACAUCCCUACUGCAACCCUUCUCCUUUGUUCUUUUGUGUGUGUUCUUUUGUUUGUAAGAAUACAUUUAUAUAAAUCACAUGAAGUAUUUGUAAAUGAAAGUUCCAUGUGUUUGUGUGUCGCCACAGAGGUGUCCCGUAACGACUCGUGUCCGGACCUGCCGGAGAUCCAGAAUGGCUGGAAGACCACGUCCCAUACUGCCCUGGUGCGGGGCGCUCGCAUCACCUACCAGUGUGACCCAGGCUACGACCUGGUUGGACGAGAGACUCUGACCUGUCAGCUAGACCUCACCUGGAGCACACAGCCCCCCUUCUGCGAGAAGAGUGAGUUAGCUAGUGGGGUUGGGGGAGGGUGUUUGUUUUUUGUGUGUGUGUGUGUGUGUUGGGUGUGAGAUAGAAGUAGAGAGAUUGAGAGUGCUUGCCUAGGACAAACCCCACUCUGACACCCAUCCUCUUCUCUCUCUCUCUCUCUCUCUCUCUCUCUCUCUCUCUCUCUCCUCUCUCUCUCUCUCUCUCUGUCUCUUUCUCUCUUUCUUUCCCUCUACCCCCCUGCCCACUCUCUCCCCUCUCUCCUCCCCCUCUCUCUCUCUCUCUCUCUCUCUCUCUCUCCCUCCCCCCUCCUCUCUCUUCAGUAAUGUAUUGUUCAGACCCGGGUCAUGUGGAACACUCCACCAGGUCACUUUCAGACCCUAAACUCCUGGUUGGGACCACCAUCCAGUACAGCUGCUACCCUGGCUUCAUCCUGCAGGGCGGUGCCACCCUCACCUGCUACGGACGAGAGCCUGGCACCCCUGUCUGGACAUCUAAACUACCCCACUGUGUCUGUGAGUACCUGUGUGUAUGCAUGUGUGCGUAAGUGCGGCCUUGGUCAAAAGUAGUGCCCUAUAUAAGGAAUUGGGUGCCAUUUGUGGCAGACUAUGUAUGGAUUACUUUUUGCUACAGUUGGGGAGAGUGGGGUAAGUUGAGCCAAAGGGGUAAGUUGAGCCACCCUUGUUUCUAUGAAACCAUACACAAAAUUAAUUAUUUGACCAAAUAUUUAGGAAGAGGUCAUAAUUUCAUGGAGUCUGUGAAGGAAGAAACCACAUGGAAAAAGUGGUAAACAAGUUACAGUAGGUCCAAAAAAACGGAUUUUCACCAAGUCAAAAUAAUUUAUUGUGUUAGAGGUUUCAUGAUGCUUGUAUCUAAACCAAAGUAGAUCAUUGUAAGAUUGUUUUAUACAUCAGUUGGGGCCUCUGUAAGCUUCAACAUGAGGUCCUAAACCUAGCAUGAAAGUGGAUCCUUGUAGCAGUGUAGGCUAAUAUAGUCAAAAUGUUUGCCUUGGGCUAAGUUGAGUAAGGCAUUAUUGCAAGGCAUUAUCGCUUGGAUAUGAGGUAACAACAGGGCCUGGCCUAUGUUAAGUGUGUUAAAAGAUGCUUAAAAUGAUUAAAAUACAAAAAAGCGAUUGGUAUUGUGUUGAAUUGUGUUUGGUAAAUAAAGAUAGAGGUUUUGGUAAUAUUUCAUUCAGUACAGAAAUGUGUAGACGGCUCAACUUACUCCAUACCCGGGGUAGGUUGUGCCAAGAGACCACUUUUUUCACGUUUUCAAAACUGUAAUGUUUACAUGAAUUUCAGGGAUACACAACAUCUUGAAAUAUAUGUAGAUAUCUUUGUUAGAAAGAAUACUGUAUUUCCCCCUAGUGUGUUUUUCCAGGACAUGAGGCUGCAUGUCGACCAUCAGUCAGUCACUGUAUAUUAAACCUAAACAGUGCAGUUCUCUCUCUCUCUCCUGUAGACCAGGGCUUUAUUUUAAUAGCGUUUGAUGUUGCAGAGGUAAUCUGUGAUGAACACUUGAUCUCUGGCAGAGGCGACUCGACAGGGGAUGGCUCUCUCUUCGUUCUGCUGACACCGCUCCCAGCGGGGGUGUUCAUGGUUAUUAAAGUGUGUAUGAUUGUGUGUGUAUGACAAUUUCCUCCUCCUCUCUGCGUUCUCAUGGUUGUUAACCUGUGUCUCUAUUUGCAUGCAUGUGAAUGUGCGUAUGUGUGCAUGAAUGCAUUUGCGUGCGUGUGUGUGAGGCAUAUAAUAUGCUAAUGAAGUAUGCAGAUCAGGCCCUGGCCCCCUGGAAGAGGGGCGGAUAUUACCCAUGAGUCAUAGCUGUCAAUCAAACACCCUACCCUCCUUAUCUCUGUUGGACUGUGUGACUCACACCUCCUUAGAACCAGUUCUCAACCCUCUACUCCAGUACCCCACGCUGUUCCACUUAAUUGAGCUAUUUCAUUUCUAGCACUGAUUCACCGACAACGAUGAGACAGCCUACAGGGAGGAUGUGAGCAAGACAAAGGAGAUGAUCGUGGACUACAGAAAAGGAGGGCCGAACAUGCCCCCAUUCACAUAAACAGGGCUGUAGUGGAGCGGGUCGAGAGUUUCAAGUUCCUUGGUGUCCAUAUCACCAACAAACUAUCAUGGUCCAAUCACAUCAAGACAGUCGUGAAGAGGGCAUGACAACACCUUUUCCCCCUCAGGAGACUGAAAUGAUUUGGCAUGGGUCCCCAGAUCCUCAAAAAGUUAUACAGCUGCACCAUCGAGAGCAUCCUGACCAGUUGCAUCACCGCCUGGUAUGGCAACUGCUCGGCAUCCGACCGUAAGGCGCUACAGAGGGUAGUGCAUACGGCCCAGUACAUCACUGGGGCCAAGCUUCCUGCCAUCCAGGACCUAUAUACUAGGCGGUGUCAGAGGAAGGCCCAAAAAAUUGUCAAAGACUCCAGUCACCCAAGUCAUAGGCUGUUCUCUCUGCUACCGCAAGGCAAGCGGUACCGGAGCGCCAAGUCUAGGUCCAAAAGGCUCCUUAACAGCUUCUACCCCCUAGCCAUAACACUGCGGAACAAUGAAUCAAAUGGCCACCCGGACUUUUUACAUUGACACCCCCCUUUGUUUUUACACUGCUGCUACUCGCUGUUAAUUAUCUAUGCAUAGUCACUUUACCCCUACCUACAUGUACAAAUUACCUUGACUAACCUGUACCCCCGCACAUUGACUCGGAACCGGUACCCCCUGUAUAUAGCCUCUUUAUUGUUAUUUUAUUGUGUUACUUUUUAUUUUAUUUUUUACAUUAUUUUAUUUAGUAAAUAUUUUCUUAACUCUAUUUCUUGAACUGCAUUGUUGGUUAAGGGCUCGUAAGUAAACAUUUCACGGUAAGGUCUACACCUGUUGUAUUCGGCGCAUGUGACAAAUAAAAUGUGAUUUCAUUUUGAUUUGAUUCAACUGGUCAAGGGCUUGAUAAAUGUUGAGCAGAUUAUUGUUGACCCCUUUCUCUCUCUCUCUCUCUCUCUCUCUCGCACACGCUUUCUCUCUCCAUCCCUCCCUCUCUCCAGCGGAGGAAUCUGUUUCCUGUGAGAACCCCGGUCUCCCUGACAACGGGUACCAGAUCCUGUCCAAGCGCCUCUACCUGCCCAGCGAGUUGCUCACCUUCAUCUGUUACCAAGGCUACGAGCUCAUCGGCGAGGUCGCCAUCAAGUGUAUUCUGGGGAACCCAUCAUUUUGGAGCGGACCACUCCCGCUGUGCAGGGGUGAGGCCCAGCCGCCAAGCACCCACACGCCACCCACGCAGACUUGCAUGGAAUGGAACAUUCCUAACCUUGACUUUCCACAUAGACACGCUACAUGCGAAUGGUGCUUGUUUUAGUAAUGAUAAUGUCCCUGUGCAUGAUGCAGCUCUCGGCAGACAUAUUUGUAGUUCCUCCUCUCUCUGUAGUUGUUUAAGGCUGCGGUUAGAAGUAGUGCAACUAUAUAGGAAAUGAAUGGACUCUAGACAGCCCUAGACAUACUGUACCUGCCACCAGUGUUAUGAUAUACCCUAUCUACCCUGUUAAUGUCUGAGAGAAUGUCUGAUGUCUUGCAGCCAACCAUGACUGCUUUGGCAACCAUGCUUUGGAAGGUGAGUUUGUCUGUCUGUCUGUCUCUCUGCGAGCCUGCCUGUCUGUCUCAGUGUUUCUCUGUUUUUGUCUGUCCGUGUUCUUGUCUGCAUGUCUCGUGGAACUAACAUGGAAUAGACGUUGAAUUUGACAUCUGUGCCCAGUGGGCUGUCUAUCUAUUUCUUUUCAGAUCUUUGUUUGUCUCUUAAUUAGCUGGAAUACAAAAAAAAAAAAAACUUUCUAGAACCAAUACUUGCCUGCCUGUCUGUCUCAGUGUUUCUCUGUUUUUGUCUGUCCGUGUUCUUGUCUGCAUGUCUCCCACUGGGCACACACUGCAUGUCUCCCACUGGGCAAGUAUUGGUUCUAGAAAGUUUUUUUUUUUUUUUGUAUCCCAGCUAAUUAAGAGACAAACAAAGAUCUGAAAAGAAAUAGAUAGACAGCCCACUGGGCACAGAUGUCAAAUUCAACGUCUAUUCCAUGUUAGUUCCACGUCAUUUCAAUGAAAUUUACAUUUACAUUUACAUUUUAGUCAUUUAGCAGACGCUCUUAUCCAGAGCGACUUACGUGGAAACAACGUUGAUUCAACCAGUGUGUGCCCAGUGGGAGACAUGCAGACAAGAACACGGACAGACAAAAUGUUGGAUUCACUUUAAUAUUUUUUGCCUUGGUAAUGCUUAUCUGUUGUUUUGACCUUUUCAAUGAAGCCACCAUGUCUAUUUCUCAUUUAUUUUAGUCUCCUUAUUCCUCCCCUCUCCUCUUCCCGCGCGUAAAUCCCGCGCCGCCGCCACCGGCCCGGCAACGGCGAGAGCAGACACCGCACUGAAACCCUCAGGCGCCGGCACCGCGAGCGAGAGCUACCGAGACUGACCCCAGGCGCCCGUCCCGCGCGAGAGCGCACGCGCGCUCCCGGCGCCGGCAAGACAAGACGCUCCAUAGCCCCUCUCCGAAGAAGCCUUCCGAGACGCCUUCCCCAAGCUAUAUCUCCCUCUCCUCUCCUCCCUUCCUUCUCCUUCCCUCUCUCUAUAUCUCCCUCUCCUCUCCUCCCCUUCCUUCUCCUUCCCUCUCUCUAUAUCUCCUAUCUCCUCCAGUUGUUGAGGCAGCAGCCGGGUCAGGGCUGGACGGUGGCAACAUGGCAUUGGCCAUCUUCAUCCUUGUACUUCUGCUCUCCGUGCUGCUGGGAGGAGCCUACGUCUACAUCACACGGUUAGACCACACCCUCUCUCACCUCAACACUACUUACUUGAAUACACUGGAGCUGAAUAUUCUGUAUUCAAUUCUGUUUAAAAGCUAUAUUGUCCAUCAAUGGUCAUAUGGAAACUCUAUGACGAUUGAACAAACUGCCCUGGCUACCUUCCUAUUUGACUGUGCAACCUUUGUCAUGGUUGGAUAACAGGAGGCUGCAACGUUACAGAACAUUCAGAUAGAAAUGUAUUGUGUAGAACUGAUAUUAUUCUCUGUCAUAUGAUAUUAUCAUGUCAGCUGCUCUACAUGUGACGAUUCUAUCUGCAACGUUCUGAACGUUUCACCUCAAUGUAUAGACUCAAAUGAAUGAGAUGUUAUGUCACACACACUCUCUCUCUCUCUGCUCAUGAAAACAGUGGUGGUGUCCUGAAGGUUCUGGGUGUUUUUAUAUUCCUGACUCCAUGCUGUUCCUUUCUUGGCCACCAGGUGCCGCUACCACUCCAACCUGUGGCUGCCACUCAUCUACCCACACCCCUACAGCCAGAUCACCUUGGAGAGCGAGUUUGACAACCCACUCUACGAGACAGGAGGGGUGAGGAAGAACAUGCACAAACACACACACACAUACUGAAAACACACACACAAACAUAGUCAUUGUAUGAGACAGGAGAGUCCUUAUUACUGGUCUUUAUCAUCUCUCUCUCUUUCUCUCCCUCUCUCUCAGGACAACCGUGAAUAUGAGGUAUCAAUAUGAGGACCUUCUCCACUGUUGGAAUCCCAAAAUGAAGCAUCCACCCCACCAACCCCUCCCCUCUCCCUACCCUUCCUCCUCUUCCUUAGCCCCUCCCAGGAGGAAGUUAUGUAA